CAUUUGCAAAUGAGCUCUGCAGCAUUCAGUUCGAUUUCGCUCGUUUCAGGAUGCUUUCGGAAGGACGAAACGAAGAUUAGAAAUCGAGAUGGAAGGAGGCUUUAUAUCGAAUGUUCUGUGGCUUCAUCCCCGCAGAGCUUGCAGUUUGCAAAGACAAAAUCGCAGAAAUCCGAGGAGAUGGUUCGCAUUGGCGUUCUUGGAGCCAGUGGGUAUACCGGCUCAGAGAUUGUUCGACUCCUAGCAACUCAUCCAAACUUUGGGAUCACACUGAUGACUGCUGAUAGAAAAGCGGGUCAAUCAAUAGGAUCAGUAUUUCCUCAUUUAGCCACUCAAAACUUGCCAGAUAUGGUUGCUAUCAAGGAUGCAGACUUUUCUAAUGUAGAUGCUGUGUUUUGCUGUUUGCCACAUGGAACGACACAGGAAAUAAUCAAAGACCUUCCCAAGCAGCUAAUGAUUAUUGAUCUUUCUGCAGAUUUCCGACUUCAGAAUAUUGAUGAAUAUGAAGAAUGGUACGGUCAGCCUCACAGAGCACCUGAGUUGCAGAAAGAAGCUAUUUAUGGUUUGACAGAGGUUUCAAGGGAAGAGAUUCAGAAUGCACGGCUUGUGGCUAAUCCUGGUUGUUAUCCUACAUCCAUCCAACUUCCUCUCAUUCCCUUGAUAAAGGCUAAUCUUAUAGAACUGACAAAUAUUAUUAUUGAUUCAAAAUCUGGUGUGAGUGGAGCAGGACGUGGAGCUAAAGAAUCCAAUCUGUACACUGAAAUAGCUGAAGGUAUUCACUCAUAUGGCAUUACAAGACAUCGUCAUGUUUCGGAAAUUGAGCAAGGACUCUCUAAUGCUUCACGUUCAAAAAUAACAGUCAGCUUCACUCCUCACCUAAUGCCAAUGAGCCGAGGGAUGCAGUCAACAAUUUAUGUUGAAAUGGUUCCUGGAGUGUCAGUUGAUGAUCUCUACCAACAAUUGAAGAUCUGUUUUGAGGAUGAAGAGUUAGUUAUUUUGUUAGAGAAAGGAACUGUUCCUCACACUCAAAAUGCUCGAGGAUCUAACUACUGCUUCAUGAAUGUCUUUCAAGAUCGAAUUCCUGGGAGAGCAAUAAUAAUAUCUGUUAUUGAUAAUCUAGUAAAGGGAGCUUCUGGUCAAGCUGUACAGAACCUGAAUUUGAUGAUGGGGAUUCCUGAGAAUACUGGGCUCCUUUACCAGCCUUUGUUUCCUUAGCAUGUCCAUUGAUCUCUUAAAGUCUGUGAAAUGUCAGAUUUGCUGCUGAGAACAAUAAACUAUGGCAUGGCGUUACAAUGUGUUACUUUGUAUGCUGCAGCUGGUUGGUGACUUGACCUAGGUAUCUCAAUCUAGGGCCCAAAUAAGGGUGAAUAAGAUGCAUUGGUUAGGUCCGGGCAUCUUUGUUGUACUGUUGUUUGCCGUCCUAACAAUUUAAGGUUCUACAAAUGAAAAUAUCCCCAUAAUUUAAUAAAUCUUGUCCUAAAUAGAACUAAAUUGGACUCGAUUAAAUCCCCA